AUGGACAUUGACGUACCCAUGGAUUCCCAAGUCUCCAUCUUGGAUACGCAAAUAGAGGAUGAAAUCCCAGUAUUGGUGUUUCCUGAAUCUUUAGUAACGAAAGGUUUAAGAAUACAAGAACAGAUACUACUAUUACAGAUCUUGCAUAAGCAGCUUAAAGAAUUGGACCAAAAUGUUGACAAAACAUCACUUGAACGAAUAACCCGUGAACUUGUGGAUAACAAAUUCAUGAAGACGAAGAACGGAACAAUAAGCGCUUUGGUUGCAUGUUGUCUUGCAGAUGUUAUUCGUUUGCAUGCACCCAAAAGCCCCUAUACUUUUGACUUGCUUAGGAAUGUUUUCAUAUUGUUUGUUAAUGAACUAAGACAAUUUGGACAAGAAACAUCAAACUUUUCAUACCACUUCUACCUGUUGGAAAACUUGCAGUCAGUAAAAACAUUUCUACUCCUUACCGAAAUGAAUGAUACAGACGAAAUUGUUCUUCCUAUGAUAGAAGAUUUCUUCAAGGUUGCAGAAAGGGCCGUUUUGCCACGAAACGUAGAAUUUUGCAUGACAGACAUAAUUAUACAAAUGAUAGAAGACGUCAAUAUCUCUGCACCAGAAUUGACAGAGUUGAUAUUGGAACAAUUUGAUAAAUACGAAAAGGGCUCCACAAACCCAGCAUUUGUAAUGGCAUCAGAUAUAUGUCAUGCUUGUCCCCAUGCUAUGCAAAGAAAAGUCUGCCAAUAUUUUUCUGACGUAUUGCUGAGAGUUAGCAAUGCCACAGAAGAUUCAGAAGAUUUUGAGGAAGCUAGAAAGAUCCAUGUGCUCAUUCGUAAAAUCAAUAUUAUCAACCCUGAUCUCUUACUCAAUGUAUUACCAUUGCUACAAGAAGAAAUGGCGGUAGAUCAUUCUGUUGUUCGUCAUUUAGCGACAGAUACAGUGGGUACAAUGUUUGCAGACCCAUCCUCCAAUUUGAGAGAAAAAUACACUACAACGUGGAAAACUUGGCUCGGAAGGCGUAACGAUAAAGAUAUUAAAUUGAGAAUUCGUUGGUUAGAAUUGUGUAUCGAUAUAUACAAAAAUCACCCAGAGACAAUUUUAGAAUUGAAUGGAUGCUUUAAAGAAAAAUUAGCUGAUCCGGAUGACAAAAUUCGUGCUGAAGUUUGUAAGAUCUUGAAACAUGUAGGCAUGGAAACAAAUGUAAGAAUAUUGGAUAAAUCGCUAUUAGAGGCUAUUUCUACAAGAGCCAAAGAUAAAAAGAAUUCUGUUCGUAUAGAAGCAAUGAACACAUUGGGAUUUAUAUACGACGCUUAUUAUACUCGCAUCCAAGCCAACGAUAAAACUGUCAUUGAUAAAGUUGGUUGGAUCCCGGAUUAUAUGUUGAGUACUCUUUAUAACAGUGAUCCGUCGAUUAUGAUGAAUUUGGAACAAACUUUGAACCAAUACAUAUUAUCCGAAAACGAAAAUGACCAGGAACGAGCCAUUAGAUUGGUUACUGUAGCUAGUUCAUUCCAGCCUAGACAAAAGACAGCUUUUACAGCACUUAUUCGCAAACAAAAGCACUUCAAUACACAGCUACAAAAUUACGUCGAGAUGUGUAGAGACUAUUUAAAUGACAAUGAUAGUGAAUACAGCAGGGGAAAAUUGGUGCAGUUUAUGAAAUAUUUAGCUGAUUAUUUUAGCGAUAAAGCUAGAACUUUUAAUGCUUUGCGCUCCUUUCUAGAAAGAAAAGAUAAAAAUGCUUUGAAACUCCUAGGAGAAGCAGUUGACAUCAAUCGAACCUAUAAACAAAUAUUGACAGCAAAGGCUAAGUUACUAGAUCAUUUAGACGAAGAUCAAUUAGCUAUCGUCGAAGUAUUCCAAGCCAUUCUCAACAAAGCAUGUCCAUUGAUUAUCAACAAGAGUAUCACUGCUCACUUAUUGACAAUCAGCAGAGAGACAACAGGAAGACGCCAUAGUGUAUCAACUGCCAGAGCAGUAGUUGCUCAAGAGAUUCUAAAAGAGAUUUCUGUCUCCUAUCCAUCAUUGAUGAUGAACUCUGUAAAAACUAUUAUGGAAGAGAUAAUGAGUGAUAACGAUAAUAUAUCCAAUGUAGGACUUGAACAAUUUGCAGAAUUUUGCAAGUCUUCAACAAAAGAAAAAGUGCAAUAUCAAGAUAACAUGAUUGAACGUUUAACGGCUGUGGCGCUUGAAGGUGAUGAGCAACAAGCCGAAAAUGCUUCAGUUGCUCUCGCUAAUAUGUAUGAUGCCGAAGUUGUAUUUGCUGACCUUGUGUCUGACAUCAGUGAUGGACUAUUGCUCGACUCUCAUAAUUUAUCACAAAAACUUACUUCAUUGGCCCAGUUUGCAUUGUAUUCACCUAGCCUUAUUUCACCAGUGAUCGAUUCAAUAAUCCGUUUUGUCGAAAAAGACCUCUUAACUGCAAAAACUACAACGUUUGUCGAAGAAAAUCCUGAAUGGCGAUCAUUUGACGAAUUGCCCAAACUAAGUCAACAAAAAUUACUUGGUAUUCGCAUCUUAGUGAAUUACUUAACUGCUUGCAAAGAUGAUGUCCAUUUACAGGACAUAGUAGUGCAGCAAAUAUUCAGUGUCCUUUGGGACCUGACAGAUAGGACUUGCGAAGCUGCCGUUGCCGAUAAUUUGAAUGCUGCCGAAACUUCUCAUAUGCGUUUAGGUGCUAGUCAGGCCAUAGUCAAGCUAACCCAUUACAGCAAAUACAUAAACCAACUAACUGUCUCAAACUUUGAGAGACUGGCGAUAACUUUGCAAGAUCCUUGUUAUUAUGUGCGACAGGAAUUCGCCGAAACCAUCAUGAAAGGUUUACAAACGCGCCAGCUCCAUUCACGCUAUUAUGCGGUACUUUUUAUUUGUGCUCACGAACCAGAAGUAGCGUUGCUGAAACAAGUGAAAAGUUUUAUUCAAAAAAAUAUGGCAGCAUUAAAAGCUACACAAGAAAACACCUUUAAGCUGGAUGCUUCUCUUGUCCGCUUGGUGCAUCUCCUAGCACAUCAUCCUGAUUUUACGGAGGCCAUCGAGGAUUUACAAGUAUUUGCACAGUAUUUCAAGUUCUACUUUAACUGUGUUGCAACAGCAGAUAAUGUGUCAUUUUUAUACCAUGUCCUGCAAAAGAUCAAAUUGUCAAAAGAUAUGGUUGCUGAAGAACUUAGCAAGAACUCUUAUGUUUUAAGCGAUCUUGCCGGCUUAAUAGUUAAGACUAAAUGUAAGGAGUCUUCGUGGCCCUUAAAUGCAUAUGAAGGACAUAUAUCAUUACAUUCUAGGUUGUAUAGCCCCUUGCCUACUGGCCCAGUUCAGAAUGAGACCAUUAAGAAAACCUACUUACCUAAGGAGUAUUUGGAAAUAUUCAAUGAAGAACAGAAACAAAAAACUGGAGAGAAGCGAUCUAGGUUCAAUUUUAUUGCAUCUAAUAAGAAGGUCAAGGUUUGA